AUGGCGGCCGAGAACGUACCAUGGGCGGCAGCCAUCCUUUGCUACAUUCAGUAUGCCAUCCUCAUUACCUUUGGACAUCUACGUGAUCAUGCCGGUCGCAUUUUUGGUGGCUCUCGGUAUUCAGAUCAUUCGAAGAAGGGUUACGCGCCAUUACUUGUGGCUUUUGAAAACUUUUAUACCAAGCGUAUCUAUCACCGUCUACAAGAUGUCUUUAAUCGUCCUGUCACCGGUCCUCCCGGAGCACACAUCGACCUAAUCGAACGCUACUCAGUAGACGAGAACAAGACGUUACAUAAUAAGGAUGGGUGUAUCCAGAAAUGUCUUAAUCUUGGUUCGUAUAACUAUCUUGGCUUUGCAGACGACUGGAUGAAAACGUGCAGUAAAGACGUCUUUCCUGCUGUACAACAGUUCGCAUUGGCUUCGACGGUCCCACCGAUGGAAUUUGGUACUACAACAGUUCAUAUUGCAUUAGAGAAAGCAUUAGCUAAAUUUAUUGGCAAAGAAGCAGCUCUUGUCUAUAAUAUGGGCUAUGCUACUAACGCUACCAGUAUUCCGGCGCUCACUGGCAAGGGUACGUUGAUUCUAAGUGACGUGCUGAAUCACACAUCUAUCGUUAACGGUGCUCGCGCGUCGGGGGCUUCGGUUGGUAUAUUCAAACACAAUGAUCCGAAACAUCUCGAGAAGGUUCUCCGAACGAAAAUAGCGGAAGGUCAGCCGCGGACCCAUCGUCCAUGGAAAAAAAUAGUUGUGAUGAUUGAAGGAAUUUAUUCCAUGGAGGGUGAGCUAGUGCGUCUUCGAGAGAUGGUGGAUUUGACGAAGAAGUAUAAGGCAUACAUUUACGUCGACGAAGCUCACAGCAUUGGCGCACUGGGCAACACUGGUCGCGGUAUCUGCGAAUAUUCGGGUGUAGAUCCGAGCGAGAUUGACAUUUUAAUGGGCACAUUUUCGAAAAGUUUUGGUGGUAUGGGUGGAUACAUUGCAGCGUCAGAGGAGAUUAUUAAUUUUGUUCGAGCCUCGAGCUCUGGUGCGAUCUACGCGACCAGUUUGUCUCCGGUUAUUGCGCAGCAAAUCCUAACGGCUCUCAAUAUUAUUGCGGGACUAGAUGGAUCAGACAUAGGGCGACAAAAGAUUUUGUCGCUGCGUGAAAAUAGCAAUUACUUUCGUCAGAAGCUUAUCGACAUGGGUGUAAUUACACUGGGCGACUUUGACUCGCCUGUGAUUCCAGUAAUGCUGUAUCAUAUGUCGAAGGUUGGUGAGUUCUCUCGCGAGUGCUUAAAACGCAACUUGGCUGUUGUGACGGUCGGAUUUCCUGCAACUCCGCUGCUACUCGCUCGCGUUCGAUUCUGUAUCUCAGCUGCGCACACGCGAAAGGAUAUGGACAUGGCUUUGGAGGCGUUAAAAGAAGUUUGUGACUUGUGUAAUAUCCGCUUUCAGAAGAAAGCUUACUCCUAG